CAACCCCAAUACACCACAACUCACGACCGCCAAAGUGCGACAAAAGCGAAAAGUCUCUGAAACAACAAGCCUGCCGAAUCUCACUGAAGACCAACAUGGCGCCUGCCUCCGGGACGCAAGCCAUGUACGCCAAAGACGAACGUGUUCUGUGCUUUCACGGAGAACUACUCUACGAGGCGAAGGUCCUCGAAGCCAAGCUCAAAGAUGCCGAUGACAAGGCCGGCGGCCACAAGUAUCGCGUCCACUACAAGGGCUGGAAGAAUACGUGGGAUGACUGGGUUCCACAAGAACGAUUGCGAAAGUUCACCGAUGAGAACAAGGAGCUCGCACAGAAUCUGAAGAAGGACAUGGAUGCUCAACGAAGAGCUGCAAGCGGAGUUUCGGCACGAGGGAGCGAGGAUCGAAGCUCAGCGGCUCCGCCUCCACCACGGGGAACGAAACGCUCGAGAGAUGUCGAAGGCAUAGAUAAGGAAGAGGAAUUCGUACGUAGGCCAGCUGUACGGCUCUUCAUACCGGAUGUCCUCAAGAGCAUACUAGUGGACGACUGGGAGAAGGUGACCAAGGAGCAGAAGCUCGUUCAGAUUCCAUCCUCGAUGUCAAUCACACGCUUUCUGGACGACUACCAACAGUCCGAGAGUGUACAUCGAAGAGCUGGUUCUGCAGAUGCAGAUAUCCUCGAAGAAGUCAUCGCCGGCAUGAAAGAAUAUUUCAACAAGUGUCUGGGCCGCAUUUUGCUAUAUCGCUUCGAACGUCCUCAGUUCUACGAGAUGCACAAAAAGCUCGAGGCAGGGUCUGGAGACUAUGCUGGCAAGACAUUCUGCGACGUGUACGGAUGCGAGCAUUUGCUUCGGUUGUUCGUCUCUAUGCCAGACCUCAUUGUCCACACCAAUAUGGAUGCGCAGUCAGUGAGUCGUCUACGCGAAGAGUUGGCCAAGAUGACCCAAUGGCUAUCAAAGCGCGUCGAUGUCUACCUCUCCGCUGAAUACGAGCAUGCGGGGCAGGACUACCUAGACGCCGGCAAGAAUGGUGCUUGAAUUGCGAUAGUGGCCGACAGAUGACAACUUGAACUUGCGAUUUGGGUAGCAUGGCGUUUGGUUGGUCAAGCUCUUCCUGGCACGAUUUUUGGGAGCACAGACUUCUCGGACUUGGAUUGUGCCUCCAUCCACGGCAGUGACCACUGCUGCGCCUGGGUCUCAUGGUUUAGUGACUCAGCAGACUGCACUGGCGACUGCACUGCAGUAGGAAACAAAUGUAUUCUCUAGCAAGCCUAAAAAGAUGUGUUCGCGGCAAGCGAGCCAAUACUCAGCCA